CUGGGAAUCCUGGCCCAAAUCUGUUCCCUCGGUGCCUUAUCUCAUAAACAAGUCUGGGGCGGGGGAGGGGAUGUCCCUGAGUCCAAACAGCAUUGGUAAUGUGCUGGAGGAAGAGGGGUCAUUCUCUCUUGACAUUGCUUCCCAUUCAGACUUUCUCAACUCGAACGUUUGUCUCUUUUCCCCACCCUUCCACUUCUAGUGUUGGAUUCUCUAUGAUUGUCAAAGUCUCGCCAGCUACUACUGCCUGUUUCUCCUCAUAGGACACAUGGGGCUGGGGGACGGGUAUGGAGCAGACCUUGAUGCUUCCAAGGGCAGGCUGGUGGUUGAUGGGGAGAACUGGGGACUGUGUGGCUGUCCAUCUCCUCCAGUCUCCUCCUCCGCCCCUGCCCCUGCCCUGACGAGCCUGGACGGAGGGAGAUCUCCAUAGGAAGGGACUUAGUCAUCUUUUCUCCCUGCUCUCACUCCCGUCGGAGCAAGGGCAGGCUUGGACCUUGGACCUACCCAUCUGCCUCUUCCCAACCUCCUUCAUCACAGUCCGAUCAGCCGUCAGGUAACUGGCAGUCUGGAAGUCAGUGUGCUCCCAGAGCCUUGUGCUGGACAGCUCACCCAGCCAGAGGCACAAUCAUUUUGGGCAGAAUGUGGGUAUACAGGGAACCUCAACCGUUCUGAACCAUCCACAGAGACCCUGUACUGGAAGCCCAAGCAAAGGAGCUUCAGGGUGUCACAGAUUGAGGAUAUCUGCCCCCCUCCCUAGCUUGGAGAGUACCUGCAGUGGCCUUAGACACACCUUUCUUUAGUGGCCCUCCCCCCUGAUCCGUCUGAGGCCAAGUCAGCUGCUGUUACUUCCCCCCUCUCAGUUCCACAUCUCCUCCCAGCCAGUCUGCUGGCUCCAGCGCAAAAGCUGGAAAGAGAACUCCUCCCCCGCUUCCUGCCUCUUUCUGAUGAGCUCUUGAGUUGCUCUUGUUCUCAGAGAAAUGAGACUGACCGACAGACAACCCCCUGCAACUCCCCAAUCCCUGAAAUCCUUCUCUAGCCAGCAUCCGUAUCUCCUCUCCUUGCCCUUCUUGGCACCUUUAGGCUGGUACCUUUAGGGGCAGCUGGAGUGGAGGCUGAGGAGCAGACUGGCCAAGGAAAGAGCCUGUGGGGGCUGAGGUGCCCACCCUCACACAUUCCUGGCACUCACCCGGUGUUGCCAGGGCCCUAAGCCUGUGCACUGGCCCCACUGAAGAUCACAAGGUGGCUAGUUGUGGCGUCUCUGUGGUUUCCUGCUGACUUCACUCCAUUCCAGACAGCUGGUGGCUGAUGGUGGCAGAGACGGGUUAAAGGGGUUUGGGAGGGACAGGGAGGGGCCAGGAAAGGAGAAGCAUUGGCCUGCGGGAGGGGACUUUGUCCCAAGACCUGUUUUCUGCUCAGUGAGUGACCAUUCUGGUCCUGCCCUAGGGCCAAGAGUGGAUGUGGGCAGCAGGAAAGCGGAGCCCCUCCCCUUCCUAAUCAAUUAAGCCUCAGGGUGAUGAUGGGCAUGUUCACACUCUGCUGGCUAGUUGGGACAGGCCAGACUGAAUUUCUGCAUGUCAACCCUCCCUACUUGGAAGGUGAAGAGUGAGGGACCCAAGCUGGUGCCCUUCUUCAAGGCCACCUGCGUGUAUUUUGUGCUCUGGCUGCCCUCGUCCAGCCCAUCGUGGGUCAGCGCCCUCAUCAAGUGCCUGCCCAUCUUCUGCCUCUGGCUCUUCCUUCUGGCCCAUGGCCUAGGAUUCCUGCUGACCCACCCCAGUGCCACCCGCAUCUUUGUGGGGCUCGUCUUCUCCGCUCUUGGUGAUGCCUUCCUCAUCUGGCAAGACCAGGGCUACUUUGUGCACGGUCUGCUGAUGUUUGCCGUGACCCACAUGCUCUACGCCUCGGCCUUUGGCAUGCGGCCACUGGCUCUUCGGACAGGUCUGGUGAUGGCAGUGCUGUCGGGCCUGUGCUAUGCUCUUCUCUACCCAGGCCUCUCAGGUGCCUUCACCUACCUGGUGGGGGUCUAUGUGGCCCUUAUCAGUUUCAUGGGCUGGCGGGCUAUGGCAGGACUACGGCUGGUUGGGGCAGCCUGGCGCUGGACUGAGCUGGCAGCAGGCAGUGGUGCACUGCUCUUUAUCAUCUCAGACCUGACCAUCGCCCUCAACAAGUUCUGCUUCCCUGUGCCCUACUCGCGGGCACUCAUCAUGUCCACCUACUAUGCUGCCCAGAUGCUCAUCGCCUUGUCAGCUGUUGAGAGCCGGGAGCCAGUGGAAGACUACAGACUGAGCAAGGCCAUUUGAGAAGCCAGGGUGUGGUUACCCCUCUCUCCUCCUGGGGGAGGGGUCCAGAACCUGCAGGAACUGAGUCAGGAUGGCUGCAGGACUGACCUGGGGCAGUAGAUACCACUUGGGAAAUGUACACAUUUGAAGGGGGGUAAGCAGGAAAAGGAUCUCUCUAGCAAAGUUGGUGUUCCAGAACAAUGCUUACAGUUAAAAAGAGCCAGCCUAAUUCUCCUUGCUGGAGCCAGAAUUAGACAUCUCCCCACCUCUAAACCCCAUAGGGGCCGUCAAAGCCCCUCCAGAGGGCAAUGGUGCUCAGCGUCUUGACCUCCCCCCGCUUCUAGAUGGAAGAGUCUGACUCACCCCACUCCCAUUCUUUCUGAUCUGCACAAGAGUCGAGUGAAGGGGGGAGAAAUCUGACCUGAGAUGACCCAAACCCAGGGCUUGAAACCCGUUUCACAGGCCCCUAGGUGAGAAGACUGGAUGAGAAUGGAAUCUUCCUUUCCCUCAUCUAUCCUUGUUACUUGAACUAUCUCCGUUUCUAAGUGGUGGGUGGGAAGGUGAAGGGGUGUCUGCCCAGGUAGGGAAGACUGGGGACUUCACUGGCCUAGGAGCUUGGGCUACCAAUGAUUCAAGUUGGUCCCAUCUCUCUCAGAGGCCAGUCCAGAGCUCAGGCCCACCACCACCACCGCCACCUUUAGACCCUAUCCCCAGGGUUAGGGUGAACUAUACCAAAGGAAGGGGCCAGCCUGUAUGUGUGUCUGUGCGUGUAAAUUUCUAUGUGUGUGUGUGUGUGUGUGUGUGUGUGUGUGGUCUGUCUCCCAGACUGUCUGGGUCUUUCUGUGCCAUCUGUCUCUGUCCUGCUGUCUAAGUCUUAUAGGGAGAGGGCCUCAGGGAGUUGCUGAGGUGGUGCUGAGCCUGGCUUAGAGAGCUGGGACCCCAUCCCACCACCAUCAGUGCUUUCUUCUCUGCCCCUUCUGCACUGGGAGCAAGAGGAGAGGGCUCCAAUGACAUUCUAGGGUCAUAAGACCUAAGGCACAUUCAAUGCAAAAGGAGCAAGGAUGGGACAACGCCAUCCUUUGCUGUUCAUGUGAAAAAAAUAAAAACCAAGGGCCACUGGC